AUGGACCUGGCGUCUAAUGUAAUUCUUCUGAUUUUACAGAUCGUGUUUUAUCGUCAACAGGAGCUGGCACACGGGGACAAUUCGGUCAAAUUAGACGAGUUGAUGUUAGAGCCCGUGGUCGACGAGUCCGUGUUGACACGGUUUCGAAACCACAAGUUGAUAAGAUUGUACAAUCCGGACCAAUGCGGCGUUCAGUUGAGAACACUUAAGGGUAUUGUUCGAGAUAUUUUCGAGCUAGGUUUACCUGAGGAGUCAGCGGAUGUCACGGUGAUUUCGCUGGCGAAUCAUUACUACGCACAGCGAAUUAAAGAACUGGAAGAAAAAGAACUGCCGCAAUUGCAAAUGCAAAUGCGACGAGCAGUAGCAUUAAACAUGAACGAGGUUGAUUUGGACAAAUGA